UAGGGUUUAUAACACAAGAGAAACACACGAGUGAAGUUCAAAGAGAAGAGAGGCGUAACAUAACACAAAAAUGAGUUCAAAGAGAAGAAUAAGCUUAGUAGCAGGUUCAUACGAACGUUUCAUUUGGGGUUUCAAUCUCAACCCUAACACCCAAACCCUAACCCCUGUUUUCUCCUACCCAUCUCAUCUCUCACUCAUCAAAACCGUCGCCGUUUCCAACUCCGUCGUCGCAUCCGGCGGCUCCGACGACACAAUCCAUCUCUACGACCUCUCCACCUCCUCCUCCCUCGGUUCCCUCACAGACCACUCCUCCACCGUCACCGCUCUCUCCUUUUACUCCCCACCUAACCUCCCUUUUCCUCGUAACCUCGUCUCAGCUGACGCUGACGGUUCCCUUGCAAUCUUCGAUGCCGAUGGUUUCGUUCAUCUUAAGACUCUUUCUGUUCAUAAGAAAGGUGUUAAUGAUCUUGCUAUUCAUCCUUCGGGGAAGAUUGCGUUGACUGUUUCGAGGGAUAGUUGUUUUGCUAUGGUGAAUCUUGUUCGUGGGAGGAGAAGCUUUUGUUGUAGAUUGGAUAAGGAAGCGUCGAUUGUGAGAUUUGAUGUGUCUGGUGAUUCGUUUUUUAUGGCUGUUGAUGAAAUUGUUAAUGUUCAUCAGGCUGAGGAUGCGAGGUUGUUGAUGGAAUUGCAAUGUCCGAAGCGUGUUCUUUGCGCCGCACCUGCUAAGAAUGGACUUCUCUAUACAGGUGGUGAGGAUAGAAAUAUCACAGCAUGGGACUUAAAGAGUGGAAAAGUUGCAUAUUGCAUAGAAGAGGCUCAUGCUGCCCGUGUAAAAGGUAUUGUUGUGCUCAGUGAUGAGGCUACAGGAGAUGAUGAACCAUACCUAGUAGCAUCUGCAUCAUCUGAUGGGACUAUACGCGCAUGGGAUGUUCGAAUGGCCGCCACAGAGAAGUCAGAACCACUAGCUGAGUGUAAGACACAGUCAAGGUUGACAUGCCUUGCUGGAUCGUCUCUGAAAUCUAAACAACCCCAAGCUGGAAAGAUUAAUGCAAAAGUUGAAGAUAAAAAUCAAAUGGUGACAGAUCAAUAGUUUUUUUUUGAUGGGAUGCUUGAGAAAAUCGUUUUGCUGUUCGAUUAAGUGGCUUUGACACCCUCAUAAAUCUGUGGCAAUUCUAUGUGAUGGUUUACUAUUUAUUUCUGUACAAGUCUUCUAGAAAGUUGAAACAAGAAAGGGUUCAUAUACUAUUAAUUUUUCAGAAUAUUUUUGUUUUCAUUUAAUAUAUUAUUAUAAUUUAAAGA